AUGCUUGUCAAUUCGGACCAGGACACCAUCAACGCACUGACCUCCAGCUGGGUAUGGACGCCAGACUGGUGCGACUCGACAGUGGCCUGGCCGUCCACGUCGAAUGAGGUAGAGGAUUCAAACACUGCUGGUCGCAUCGUGCGGUUCACCCGCUCGGUCCAUCUCCCAACCACUGACUCUUCCUCAACUGUGACAAGCAAAGUCUCAUCUGCCAUCCUGCACUUCUCGGCCGACACCCGAUACAAGCUUUAUGUCAACAGCAAGCGUGUAGCCGUGGGCCCGGCGCGCAGUAGCCCGUGGAUCUGGUACUAUGACACUCUCGAUAUUGCACCGUACUUACACCCGGGUGACAAUCAAAUCGUCUUCCUGGUGUUGCGUUAUUUCGUGACCCUGCGCGGGGCCAUGCCCUUUGCGCGGACGCCCUUUCCAGGUCUGACAGUCGUGGGCAACAUCGAGCAUGGCGGCAACACUAUCGAUGUGAGCACAGCUAUGCCCGGAUGGCUCGCUCAAACCGACCGUAGCGUUCGAUUUCCAACUGGUCUGAUCGACGACGGCUUCCUCCAUAUCAGUGAGCGCAUUUCUCCCAAGCCGUUGGGCAGUGAACUGACACCCGUUGGUUAUGGACUACGAACGGCCAACGGCGAGCUGGCACCGUGGCGAUUGCGCCCGCGUCCCAUUGCCAUUCCGGAAGAAACACAUGUAGCUGUGGAAACGAUCCGAAAAUGUGACAGUACGGUCAAACUCGACAAGUGGUCAGCCUACUUCUCGGGCCAGUCAUCGUUAACCCUAUCGGCGGGCUCGCAACACACGCUUGAAGUCCAAGCUGAUGUCCACUCCACUGCAUUUCUCCAGUGGACGUUCCACGCUGUCACGGAUCCCGCCAAGCAAUUGUUGACCGCAGAGAGACCCAGGAUCCACUUGAAAAUCAUGUACUCGGAGGGCUACGAGAAUGAACCACGCAACUACCCUUUCUUCAGAUCAAAGUCCGACCGACUCGAUGCUGAGAAUGGCUAUAUCAUUGGCCCUUUCGAUGAAGUGACCCUGGAUCUCCCAACCGACGGGAGCAAUGUCUCGUACGAGCCCUUUUGGUUCCGCACCCUCCGCAUCAUGCGCUUCCAUGUCUCCAUCACAGGUCCGGCGCCCGUUGAACUUAUCUCUUUUGGGGCUACACAAGUCAACUAUCCAAUGGGCAUCAAGGCGAGCUGGAACAAUCUUAAUGAUGCAGACAGCGCCGCGAUGUGGGACGUGUCCAUUCGUACGCUUCGCAACUGCAUGUUUGACGGCUAUGUCGACUGUCCAUUCUAUGAACAGCUGCAGUACUCGGGCGAUUCACGGUCGGUCGGCCUGUUCCACUACCUGCUGGCAGGUGACGAUCAGCUCAUGCGGCAAGCCAUUUCCAGCUUCGGGGCCUCUGUGCUUUCCGAGGGACUGACACAAUCCCGGUUCCCGUCGCACGUGCCGCAGAUCAUCGCCGGUUUUCCGCUAUACUGGGUGAUGCAAAUCUGCGACCACCACCUGUACUUUGGCGAUUCGGCAUUUUCACGUUCUUUUCUGCCCCGCAUUGACGGCGUGCUUGAUUUCUUCGCCCAGCACGUCGACACGAGAGGUCUCGUGUCCCGUCUUCCCAGCGAUGUGUGGCAGUAUGUCGAUUGGGUGACGACAUGGGGUGCUACAGACGACCACCCGGACAAAGGCGUCCCGACGGCAGGCCGUUCUACCAACUGUCACACGUUCUUCAGUAUGCUAUAUGCCGUCGUCUUGCGGCAGGCGGCUCGUCUUGCUCGGGAUGUAGGCCGCCCUGGUCACGCCGACGAAUAUGAAUCGCGUGCCGAUAGUCUCGUCACUGCUGUCAAGGACCAUUGUUACGACGGUCGCUUUUUCGCCGACACGACCGUGGACGCUCUUCCAGAAGCUGGAAACGGCCACAGUAGCCCAACCGCCUACUCGCAGCACUGUCAGGUGUUUGCCGUACUUUGUGGUGCCUGUAGCGAAAGCGACCGCGAACGGCUCCUGACAGAGGCAUUCUCGGCCGAUGCUGGUCGUUUUUCCAAGUGCAGUUAUGUCAUGCAGUUCUACGCGCUGCGCGCAUUUUCCCUGGCGAGUGAUGAGGCAUACGAAACGUUUCUGUGGCCACGUGUAUGGCAGCCGUGGCGGAAGAUGCUGGCCAACAACUUGUCCACCUGGGAAGAAGAUGACGUGCGCCAGAGGUCCGACUGUCACGCUUGGGGCAGCGUACCGAUUUACGAGUACUGUACGGAGCUAGCAGGUGUACGGCCCAUCGGGGCAGGGGCCAACAAAAUUUUGUUCAAACCGCGUCUCCGGUUGACCGACAGACUUGAUGCAAAAGUCUGCCUAGGCUCCAGCAAUGUCGCCAGUGUGGCGUGGUAUGUCACUGGGGGCGGACUUGAGGGGGAAAGCAGUGCGAAGCAAGGCGCCACGGCUAGAAAUAAACUCUACACUGUUAUGCUGCAGCUGGAAAAACCAACCAUGGUUGUCAGUGUCCUCCCAGGAGGCCGUGAAAGCGAUCAUGGCUUGGUAGCCUGUGUUGCGCUUACAUGGCGCCCUGAGUAG